CCGGGCCAAACCCGCGGAGCCCACGAGGCCAAGUUCGGGGGUGGGUAGGUCCGGCCCGGGGCCGGCGCACGCGGGACGGUGGUGAGCUCGGGCCCCGAGCCGUGCGGGCGGGGCUCCGGCGGCCGAGUGGAAGGCGUGGAAGGCCUUUCCUCAAGUGGAAUAAUGGCAGAAACUGCUUCUCCACUGAAGCACUUUGUGCUGGCUAAAAAGACAAUUACUACAAUCUUUGACCAGUUACUGGAGUUCGUUACUGAAGGAUCACAUUUUGUUGAAGCAACAUACAAGAAUCCAGAACUUGAUCGAAUAGCCACUGAGGAUGAUCUGGUAGAAAUACAGGGAUAUAAAAGCAAGCUUUCUGUCAUUGGUGAGGUGUUAUCUCGGAGACACAUGAAGGUGGCAUUUUUUGGCAGGACAAGCAGUGGGAAGAGCUCUGUUAUCAAUGCAAUGUUGUGGGAUAAAGUUCUCCCUAGUGGGAUUGGCCAUACAACUAAUUGCUUCCUAAGUGUUGAAGGAACUGAUGGAGAUAAAGCCUAUCUUAUGACAGAAGGAUCAGAUGAAAAAAAGAGUGUGAAGACUGUUAAUCAGCUGGCCCAUGCCCUUCAUAUGGACAAAGACUUGAAAGCUGGCUGUCUUGUACAUGUGUUUUGGCCAAAGGCAAAAUGUGCCCUCUUGAGAGAUGACCUGGUUUUAGUAGACAGUCCAGGCACAGAUGUCACUACAGAGCUGGAUAGCUGGAUUGAUAAGUUUUGCUUAGAUGCUGAUGUCUUCGUUUUGGUUGCAAACUCUGAAUCCACACUAAUGAACACGGAAAAACAUUUUUUUCACAAGGUAAAUGAGCGACUUUCCAAGCCCAAUAUUUUCAUUCUGAAUAAUCGUUGGGAUGCCUCUGCAUCGGAGCCUGAAUAUAUGGAAGAUGUACGCAGACAGCACAUGGAAAGAUGCUUACAUUUCUUGGUGGAGGAGCUCAAAGUUGUUGAUUCUUUAGAAGCACGAAAUCGUAUCUUCUUUGUUUCGGCAAAGGAAGUUCUUAGUGCCAGAAAGCACAAAGCACAGGGGAUGCCAGAAGGUGGUGGGGCACUUGCUGAAGGAUUUCAGGCAAGAUUACAGGAGUUUCAGAAUUUUGAACAAAUCUUUGAGGAGUGUAUCUCGCAGUCAGCAGUGAAAACAAAGUUUGAACAGCACACUAUCAGAGCUAAACAGAUACUAGAUACUGUGAAAGACAUAAUGGAUUCAGUAAACGUGGCAGCAGCAGAGAAAAGAGUUUAUUCAAUGGAAGAGAGGGAAGACCAAAUUGAUAGACUGGACUUUAUCCGAAACCAGAUGAACCUUUUAACACUGGAUGUUAAGAAAAAAAUCAAAGAGGUUACCGAGGACGUGGCAAACAAGGUUUCAUGUGCAAUGACAGAUGAAAUUUGUCGACUGUCUGUUUUGGUUGAUGAAUUUUGUUCUGAGUUUCAUCCUACUCCAAGUGUAUUGAAAGUAUAUAAAAGUGAGUUAAAUAAGCACAUAGAAGAUGGUAUGGGAAGAAAUUUGGCUGAUCGGUGUACCAGUGAAGUCAAUGCCUCAAUGCUUCAAUCCCAGCAAGAAAUUAUUGAAAACUUGAAGCCAUUACUUCCAGCUGGUAUACAGAAUAAACUGCAUACACUGAUCCCUUGCAAGAAAUUUGAUCUCAGUUACGACCUGAAUUGCCACAAGUUAUGUUCAGAUUUUCAAGAGGAUAUUGUAUUUCGUUUUUCCCUGGGCUGGUCUUCCCUUGUGCAUCGAUUCUUGGGCCCUACAAAUGCUCAGAGGGUGCUCCUAGGAUUAUCAGAGCCUAUCUUUCAGCUCCCUAGAUCUUUAGCUUCUACUCCCACUGCUCCUGCCAACCCAGCAACACCAGAUAAUGCAUCACAAGAAGAAAUCAUGGUUACCUUAAUAACAGGAUUAGCUUCUCUCACAUCUAGAACUUCUGUGGGCAUCAUUGUUGUUGGAGGAGUGAUUUGGAAAACUAUAGGCUGGAAACUCAUAUCCGUUUCAUUAAGCAUGUAUGGGGCUUUGUAUCUUUAUGAACGGCUGACCUGGACCACUCGUGCCAAGGAGAGAGCCUUUAAACAGCAGUUUGUGAACUAUGCAACUGAAAAACUGCAAAUGAUUGUUAGCUUCACGAGUGCAAACUGUAGCCACCAAGUGCAACAAGAAAUGGCUACCACUUUUGCUCGCCUGUGCCAACAAGUUGAUGUUACUCAAAGACAUCUGGAAGAAGAAAUUGCUAGAUUAUCCAAAGAAAUAGAUCAGUUGGAGAAAAUACAAAACAAUUCAAAGCUCUUAAGAAAUAAAGCUGUUCAACUUGAAAAUGAGCUGGAGAAUUUUACUAAGCAGUUUCUACAUUCAAGCAACGAAGAAGAAUCUUAAUAGAGAUUACAUUGGUGACCACAUAGGAAGACACAGAACUUGGAAGAUUGAGACAAUUGUUAUUUUUAUGAAAUGACUUUAAAUAUGAAUUACACUAGCUGCACCUGAAUAGCAAAUCCCUGUGUAGGUUCUGAUAAUGAGCUAUCUCAGGGUGUUUGCAUUUCUGAAAAGCAUUACAUGUCCUUAGUUUUAAUUUUGGGUAAAGAAAAGGCUGAAUUGUUUGAUGUGUUAAAAUAAUGAAUUAGUUAAAAGCAACAGCACCAACUAUGUGACCCCUGAGGGGUGGGGCCUUGAGCUCUUACUUAGGGCUUUGUUUUUGAUUCUGAAAAACUCUGCUUCCUGGCAUCCAGGAGUUAGAGAUUGAUCCUUUCAUCUAAUUUCUCAAUGCUAGUUUCUGAUGCUUUCUUUAAUGGGAAUAGUCACUUUUUUGGUUUUAUUUUAUAAACUGCAUUGCUUGAACCACCAAGGAGCGUGGAAUGUUCUUGAGUGUAUUAUUUAUGCAAGUUAGAAUCACUUUUGCCAUCAUGGCAGUUAUGUAAACCACUAAUAAAUGUUCUGUUUUUACUCUC